ACGUGUGAGGCCACUUAGGUAUCAUCAUUCUAUCUCGCAUUCAGUUUCUCUAUUUCUCAAUCCAGCUUUAUUUUCACUCACCAUUUCAUUGGAGCUUUAAGAUCAUUUCCACCAUGGAGUUUCCUCAUUUGUCCAUAUUUAUAGCACUCAGUCUUACACUUGUUGUAUCAACCAAUGCUGUAUUACCUCCUCAAUUGUACUGGAAGUCCAAACUUCCCACUACUCAAAUGCCAAAAGCCAUCACAGAUCUCCUCAACCCAACUGAUUGGACAGAAGAGAAAGGCACAUCGGUAGCGGUAGGAAAAGGUGGUGUUAAUGUUGAUACAGCAAAACCAAAACCAGGAGGAACCGCGGUUAACGUAGGAAAAGGUGGAGUCCAUGUUAAUACAGGAAAAGGAAAACCUUCAGGUGGAACAGCGGUUAACGUUGGAAAAGGCGGUGUCAAUGUUAACACAGGAAAAGGAAGAGGAAAACCAGUUCAUGUUUCAGUUGGAAAACGUUCUCCGUUUUUAUACAAUUAUGCUGCAACUGCAACACAGUUAAAUGAUAAACCUAAUGUAGCACUUUUCUUCUUAGAAAAGAAUUUGCAUUAUGGAACAAAGUUGAACUUGCAAUUCACGAAAACAACCUCAAACAACGAAGCAAAGUUCUUAACCAAAGAAGUAUCUGAUUCUAUCCCCUUUUCAUCAAACGAAGUGGAAAGCAUCCUUAACAAAUUCUCCAUCAAAAAAGGCUCGGAGGAAGCUGAAACUGUGAAGAACACGAUAAGCGAGUGCGAAGAAAACAGCAUCAGAGGAGAAGAAAAGCUUUGUGUAAAAUCAUUGGAAUCUAUGGUUGAUUUCACUACUUCGAAACUUGGAAACAAUGUUGAAGCUGUUUCAACAGAAGUGAAAAAAGAAAGUAGUGAGUUACAGCAAUAUGUAAUAGCGAAAGGAGUGAAGAAACUGGGAGGGAAGAACACAGCUGUUGUGUGUCACAAAGAGAAUUAUCCUUAUGCAGUUUUUUACUGUCAUAAAACAGACACAACUAAAGUUUACUCAGUGCCAUUGGAAGGUGUUGAUGGAAAUAGAGUUAAUGCUAUUGCUGUUUGUCACACAGAUACAUCACAAUGGAAUCCUAAACAUUUGGCUUUUCAAGUGCUUAAAGUUCAACCUGGAACUGUUCCUGUUUGUCACUUUCUUCCACAGGAUCAUGUUGUUUGGGUUUCCAAGUGAUUAAAGCAGUAACAGUUUGAUCCAUAUAGGGUUAUCCUUGAAUAAUGAAUUACACAAUAUAGCAGCUACUUUAAAGGUUUAAAUUAUGAGAGAUGCAUUAUAAAAGCAGUGUUUAAUUAAGUUAUAUGGUAACAAGUUUGUGUAUGCCAUGAUGUAUUAAUGUAUGGACAAUAGGUUUCUUGUGGUUAUUAUGCUUAGCACUAUGUAAUGCUUUAAGUGGAAAACAAUAUGCAAUACUGAGACUUCUCUCAUUUGCUUUAAAUUGAUGAUAACCUCAUUGUUAUAAAAAAUAUAUUUUAUGAUUUUCAAUCUUUUA